GAUUAUGGCCAUGGGGUAGUUGGAUCAUGCAUAUAUGGCGACGUCAUGGGGGCCUCACUAUGAGCCUAUGAAAAGUGUGAUUACAAAAUUCAAAAAGGCUGUAACAAUGGCGUGAAAUUCAAGGGCAGUAGUGCUACCAUAGGUCAAAAAAAUUUGCAGAGAUAAAAAAAUUGUAAAGAAUCAAGAAUAACUAUGAGCCCAUGAAAAGUAUGGUGGUAUAGUAUUAUGUGCGUUUAGCUUUGUUUGUCUAAAAUCACGUUUUUAUUGCUCUUUCGCUUUUCACUGAGGUGACUCAAAAAGUGGUUCUUUUCUCUCCUAUGUAAAAGAACUUUCGGUCUCUUUAUAGCAGAUUUAUUCAUCAUCUUCUUCGUCAGAAUUGUGAAGAGAAAGUAGAGAUAUGGAGCUCAAUUCAAGAAGAAAAGAAGAAGCAUUACAAUUCGAUUUAUGGAGCAUAAUGAUGUCCGAAAUGGCCAAAGACAAAGAGGGUGCACCCAAACCACUUCCACCUCUUAAGAGAUCAGUGAUCUCCAUGAACCACAAGAGUCUCCAACUAUGUACAGAAACUCUGGGAUCGGAGAGCGACCCACUUCCUGAUAUUUCACGUACUUGUAAUAUACUUCCACCUCUUAAGAGAUCAGUGAUCUCCAUGAACCACAAGAGUCUCCAACUAUGUACAGAAACUCUGGGAUCGGAGAGCGACCCACUUCCUGAUAUUUCACGUACUUGUAAUAUUGACCUAGAGCUAUCUGAGACUGGCUCUUACAGGUUCUCAUCGUACCCUCCUAUGGAGACUGUGAAACAACAACAAGAGCAAGAUGAGAAGGUGUGUGGAACUUUUGAGAAUAAGGAAGAAAGUAGAGACUGUAUAGUGAUGGGAAAGCAGUCCCAUAAUGCUUGUUCUAGUAAGAAAUUAUCGAAGCCUAGAUCAAGAUCGUUCCCACCACCUCUUCCUUCGCUGUCUCGCAUGGAGUUGGAGCCUCAUCGAGACAAUGGUCGAUUAGUACUCCAAGCUGUGUCCUUAUUCCCUUCACAAAACCAGUUUCAAGCAAGGUAAUCCGGUGAGUCGGUGAUUUGUCCAAAUAAUCUUAUCUUAGGGUCUCCUUUGUUGUCACUUCACACACAGCUCACUUCCAUGUGGAAUGUUGAAGAAUUGUGUGGCUCGCAUGGCCCACCUUGACUUGUGCAGCGUUGUAUGUAUGGCUUGUGUGUAUUAGAGUUUCAGUCCUUAUAAUCUCAUAUUACUACUAUAAAGGUUAGGCCCUUUUGUAGUAGUAUUUUGAUUAUGUAAUGUAUUAUAAGUCUGUUUAAAAAACUUUAUAUAUUACUUUUGUGUU